AUGCGUAUCUCGAUCCUGUCAGCCACCUUGGCCAUGACCAUGACCGUGAUGGUCAGUGUGCUCGCCCAUCCCUGGACCGACUGGCCUGGUCAACAGACCUGCUUGAACGACACUGGAGUCGCAUACCUCGUCCAAGGCUACACCUACCUUCUCGAGCAACCUGGCGGGCCGGACUUCAACUCCACUGCGAAUACCAUCCUCUCUGACCAGUUCUUUGUGUGUUCCGAUUCGAUCAACUCUCUCUCCGGUAGACCUCUCGGACAACUAGCAUACCCUAACAAGCAAGCCUUCAUCGCCUCCCAGUUCGUCACGCCUCCACUCCCGACCGUGUCUACGCUGGCCACCUUCCACAACUGCCAGAGCGUGGCGUGGAGAUGGAACGCGUCCGGCAUCGGCGCCAACCAGUACGAAAUCAAGGGACUCAUCAAUUUCGACGUCAACCCCACCACUCUGCAGAUCGACGCCGUUUACUCCGAGUUCAACACCGCCGCGUUCCAGGCCGACCUGGGCAAUCCUGAGUGCCAGCAGAAAUAG